GUCAUCAAUCAAUUGAACAGCGACGAAAUGGACGAAAACUACGACGUUAUUGUAUUAGGUACUGGAUUGACCGAAUGUAUCCUUUCUGGGAUUCUUUCUGUUGAAGGUAAAAAGGUGUUGCAUAUCGAUCGUCAAGAUUUUUACGGCGGGGAAUCGACUUCGUUGAACAUCUCUCAAUUGUAUUCCAAAUUCAAACCCAACGGCCAAAAACCAGAACUCAAAGGAAGAGACCGUGAUUGGUGCAUUGACUUGAUUCCCAAGUUUCUCAUGGCCAAUGGGGAAUUGACCAAUAUCUUGGUGCACACUGACGUCACUAGAUAUAUCGAAUUCAAGCAAAUUGCCGGUAGUUAUGUUUACAGAAAUGGAAGAAUUGCUAAAGUUCCAGCCAAUGAAAUGGAAGCAGUGCGUUCUUCCUUGAUGGGGAUUUUUGAAAAGAGAAGAAUGAAGCAAUUUUUGCAAUUUAUUCAAAACUAUGACGAUGAGGAUCCAAAGACUCAUCACGGGUUUGACUUGGAUAAAAACACCAUGAAUGAGAUUUACACUUAUUAUGGAUUGGAAAAUGGUACCAAGGAUUUUAUUGGUCACGCCAUGGCUUUAUGGCAUACUGAUGAUUACUUGAACGAAGUUGCUAGACCAACUUAUGAACGUAUUAUCUUGUAUGUUCAAUCAGUGGCCAAGUACGGUAAGUCCCCAUAUAUUUAUCCAUUGUAUGGAUUAGGUGAAUUGCCACAAGGUUUUGCUAGAUUAUCUGCCAUUUACGGAGGUACCUACAUGUUGGAUACUCCAAUUGAUGAAGUGUUGUACGAGGGCGAAGGCGAAGACAAGAAAUUUGCUGGUGUAGUUACUAAAGAAGGUACUGCCAAGGCACCAAUUGUCAUUGCUGAUCCAACCUAUUUCCCUGAAUUGGUCAAGAAGGUAGGUGAAAAGGUUAUUCGUGCCAUUUGUCUCUUGGACCACCCAGUUCCAGGAGUUGAUUUAGAUUCUUUGCAGUUGAUCAUUCCUCAAAACCAAGUUGGCAGGAAACAUGAUAUUUACGUGGCUGUCUUGUCCGACGUUCAUUGUGUUGUUCCAAAGGGUUAUUACCUCGCCAUCAUUUCCACUAUUAUUGAAACUGAUCAACCACACAUUGAAUUAGAACCAGCAUUUAAAUUGUUGGGUCCAAGAAUUGAUACCUUGAUGGGAAUUGCCGAAUUGUAUGAACCAAUCAAUGAUGGAACUAAGAAUGGAAUUUACAUUUCCAAGAGUUAUGACUCCUCGUCUCAUUUCGAACAAACUACUGAUGAUGUUAAAGAUAUUUAUUUCAGAAUUACAGGUAAGCCUUUGGAAUUGAAGAAGAGACCAACUGCCGAAGAGGAAGAACAACUCCAAGGGUUGUAAAUUGUUUAGCAUUGUUUUUAGUAUUGAAUAAACGUAAUUCUAAAUCAAUAUAAGCAUAUGAUGCUACCAAAAUCUUUGUUCCAUGUAAUUUUUUUUUUUUCAUGUUAUCUUCAGAAAGGUAUACAAUUUGUGAGGUCCAAAACAAAAUUAUUCUUCUGUUGAUAUCUUUUCAAUCUCGGGUCAUGAUACCCGUAUGAUUUAAUUGUUUACUUUGGGAUCUACAAUAGAGGGGGGUUCUCAUAUCUUUCAUGCAUUCAAUCCAACGGGAACUUUCAAGUUAUGU